AUGUGUCUAUUCGAGCGACGGUUGUUCGAGAGUUCUACCGAAGCCGGCCUUGCGGGUUACGAGCAAUGGGGUUUGGAUGCCGGUGACCAUCAAGGUAAAUGGUAUCCCUAUCGAGAAGUGCCUUCGGACUGGGGCGAGGACGGGCUUUCUGUCAGCGACUCAGAGCUAGAGGUCUGUGAUCAUUCAUUGGCAUAG